AAGCCAAUUGCAAUGUUCAAUAUCAAGUUAAUCAUCCUGGUUGCCAUGACCAUUUCCUUGGUUCAGAGUUGUUGCAUCGACGAACCCGAUCAGGAAAAUUGUGGAUGUGGCAAGCCCAAGUGCUCCUCAUGUGGAUGCUGUCAAUCCUGCGGAUGUGGAUGCAGGCCACGCCGUUGUUCUUCAUGCGGUGGGUGUGGUUUCCAGGACAUAUAA